UGUCUCGCAGGUUACAGAUUUCACUGCUCCCAUCAGCUUGGAGACAAACAUGUGGCUCUUGAUAGCUCUACUCCUUUGGGUUCCAGCUGGGGGACAAGUGGACACCACACAGGCAGUGAUUACCUUGCAGCCUCCAUGGACCAGUGUGUUCCAGAAGGAAAAUAUAACCUUAUGGUGUGAGGGGCCCCGUCUGCCUAGGGACAACUCCACGCAGUGGUUUCACAACGGCACAGCCAUUCAGACCUUGACCUCCAGAUACAGCAUCCUUUCUGCCAGUGUCAAUGACAGUGGUGAAUACAGGUGCCAGACAGGUCUCUCAGUGCCAAGUGACCCUGUACAUCUGGAGAUCCACAGAGAUUGGCUACUACUCCAGGUCUCUAGCAGAGUCUUCACUGAAGGAGAACCUCUGGCCUUGAGGUGUCAUGGAUGGAAGAAUAAGCUGGUGUACAAUGUGAUUUUCUAUCAAAAUGGCAAAGCCUUGAAGUUUUUUCCUCGGAAUUCUGAACUCACCAUUCUGAAAACCAACAUGAGUCACAAUGGCAUCUAUCACUGCUCAGGCAUGGGAAGGCAUCACUACACAUCAGCAGGAGUAUCUGUUACUGUGAAAGAGCUAUUCCCACCUCCAGUGCUGACAGCAUCCUUGGCGCUCCCACUCCUCGAGGGGAAUCUGGUCACCCUGAGCUGUGAAACAAAGUUACUCCCACAGAGGCCUGGUCUGCAGCUCUACUUCUCCUUCUACAUGGGCAGCAAGACCCUGAAGCCCAGGAACACGUCCUCAGAAUACCAGAUAUUCACUGCUAGGAGAGAAGAUUCUGGGUUAUACUGGUGUGAGGCAGCCACCGAAGAUGGAAAUGUCCUUAAGCGCAGCCCUGAGUUGGAGCUUAAAGUGCUUGGCCUCCAAUCAUCCACUCCUGACUGGUUUAAAAUCCUUUUCUAUCUGACAGUGGGAGUAAUGUUUUUAGUGGACACUGUUCUCUGUAUGACAAUACAUAAAAAGCUGCAAAGAAAGAAAAAGUGGAAUUUAGCAAUCUCUUUGAAUGCUGAUCAUGGGAAGAAGGUAACUUCCUGCCUUCAAAAAGACAGACACCUAGAAGAAGAGCUAAAGUGUCAGGAAAAAGAAGAAGAAAAGCUGCAAGAAAGGACACACCGAAAGAAGCCGAAGGAGGAAGAGCGGCAGCAGCUUACUGUGUAGCCGUGGAUCUGCUCGGUCCCCUGCCCCUUCCUCUCUGUGUGAGCACCAGAGCA